UUUUAUGGUGUCGUCCAAGAAAUUCUUGUUGGAUUCGGUUAUGCUUAUGUGAUUUACUAUGAUUUUUGUGACGCUAUCAAGGCACUUCAAUUCCUCCAUCAUAAAGACGUGCCUCAUAAUCAAUUUAGAUUGGAAAUCCGGUUUUCUUUUAAACUAUGUGAGGGUUAUCCAUCCCCAUCUGAAAAUAGUACCGUGAUCUCUUCUGGUAAUAGAGCUAUCCCAGACAAGAAUACUCUAGAUCUUGAAAGAGUUAGAAAUG